AUGGCCAAGUGGCUACGAGACUACCUGAGCUUUGGCGGUCGGAGGCCCCCUCCGCAGCCGCCCACCCCCGACUACACGGAGAGCGACAUCCUGCGGGCCUACCGGGAGCAGAAGGAUCUGGACUUUGAGGACCCCUAUGAGGAUGCUGACAGCCGCCUAGAGCCUGACUCCGCGGGGCCGGGGGACUCCAAGGGCCCUGGAGACGCCAAGUACGACUCUCCAAAGCAUCGGCUCAUCAAGGUGGAGGCAGUCGAUGUGGUCAGAGCCAAGGUCUUGCUGCGCAGCCCUGGGGAAGAGUCGGAUGUCGACACUGAGUACUCGGACCCCUUCGAUGCCCAACCUCACCUGCCUCCCCCAGACGAUGGCUACAUGGAGCCCUACGAUGCCCAGCGAGUCGUGAGUGAACUGCCAUGCAGGAGGGUGCAGCUGUAUGACACUCCCUAUGAGGAGCAGGACCAAGAGCCAGGAGAUGGGCCUCCUUCAGGGCGGAAACCUCGACAGAGCCGGCUGCCCCAGGAGGAUGAACGGCCAGCAGACGAGUAUGACCAGCCCUGGGAGUGGAAGAAAGACCACAUCUCCAAGGCAUUUGCAGUGCAAUUUGACAGUCCAGAGUGGGAAAGAACCUCAGGCUCAGCCAAGGAGCUCCGGAGACCCCCGCCCAGAAGCCCCCAGCCUGCAGAGCGUGUGGACCCGGCCCUGCCCCUGGAAAAACAGCCGUGGUUUCACGGCCUGCUGAGCCGGGCAGAUGCGGAGAACCUCCUGUCGCUCUGCAAGGAAGGCAGCUACCUCGUGCGGCUCAGCGAGACCAGCCCCCAAGACUGCUCCCUGUCCCUCAGAAGCAGCCAGGGCUUCCUGCAUCUGAAGUUUGCCCGCACCCGAGAGAACCAAUUCGUGCUGGGUCAGCACAGCGGCCCCUUCCCCAGCGUGCCGGAGCUGGUGCUGCAUUAUAGCUCCCGCCCGCUGCCCGUGCAGGGCGCUGAGCACCUGGCCCUGCUGUACCCCGUGGUCUCACAGACCCCCUGACUGCGAGCCUCAGACCCCGGCCCUGGGCCGUGAGGUCCCAGAUCACUGGCUGCAAACCGUGGAGGUCUUUCCAGUCCUGGAGGAGGCGGGAUGGAGAGAUCCACCCCCUGCCCCUCCAGGCCCUGGAUCUUCAUCAGA